AUGAAGCUCAUCAACUUGUCCUUCUCAGCCUGUGGGUUUCUGGGCAUCUACCACUUGGGGGCAGCAUCGGCAUUCUGUAGACAUGGCAAAAAGCUCCUGGAAGAUGUGAAGGCCUUUGCGGGGGCUUCUGCUGGAUCCUUAGUUGCAACUGUCCUGCUAACGGCGCCAGGAAAAAUAGAGGAAUGCAACGAAUUCACCUAUCAGUUUGCGGAAGAGACUCGAAGGCAGGCUUUCGGGGCCAUCACACCCGGUUAUGACUUUCUGGCACGCUUGAGAAGCGGAAUUGAGUGGAUUCUUCCUCCCAACGCCCAUGAGCUGGCCCAGAACCGACUCUACAUAUCUAUCACCAACACUAAAACCAGGGAAAAUUCCUUGGUCUCCAGUUUUUCCUCCAGGGAAGAUCUCAUUAAGGUCCUCUUGGCCAGCAGCUUUGUGCCCGUGUACGCAGGCCUGAGACCCGUGGAGUACCAAGGGCAGAAGUGGGUGGACGGCGGCUUCACCAACAGCCUUCCCAUCCUGCCUGAGGGCCGGACGGUGAGCGUGUCACCAUUUAGUGGACAGACGGACAUCUCCCCGCAGGACAGAGGACAGCUGAACCUGUAUAUCACCGUCGGCAAACAGGACAUAGCGUUGUCUGUGGCCAACUUGCUGCGGCUCAAUCAAGCCUUGUUCCCGCCAGACCAGAAGAGAAUGCAGUCAUUAUACCACCGUGGCUUUGACGACACCGUGACGUUUUUACGAAAGGAAAACUGGUUUGAAUAGAACGCCUGCAAGUUCAGCAUGCAGAGCAGCUUUUCAGACAUGUUUCUGAGAGGCUACUAA